AUGACGGAUAGCCUUUUUAUCUAUGACGCCUCACAGCCCGAAGAACCAUGGGACGACGACUCUCAGUACGCCCCCACCCCAGGGAAUUUCGGUCGUUCCACCGGAUACUCCCUUAGUCCCUCCCCACAUCGUACCUUGCCACAACCGGCGCAGGAUCGACUCGGAUUUCUCCCAUUGGCAGAAUGGGAGAGAGGAGGCGAAUACGACCAGCAGCCACCCAGAUAUGUUUGCUACACAGUCAAGUGGAAACUGCUGCUUAAUAAUAAGCCGGUGGGUAAUGUGACCGAGAAAGACCUGGUCGUAGCUCCCAGUCAGUAUUGGGAGAAGUAUCUGCAAGCGGAUCUUGACAAUAUGGUGCAAACGAAAAGGAAGCCAAACCAACGGGUUCGACCUGAGAGUACGACGAUCAAGGUUGAGGUCAAUGAUCGAAAGCAGUGUCCGCUGGAACAGUUUGACAACGGCACUAAGAUCAAAUGGACGCCCGUGGAGAAACAACUAUGUAAAUGGAGCAACAUGCUUCGUAUUGCAAAAAAGCUUACUGUCAGUAUUGCCUUUAGCUAUAGGCAGGAUGAUAACGGGUCUGCCCCGACCAAGAAAGGCGACAAAAGGGGCCGUGUUUCCGCCACAAAUAUAAUGCUUGCCGAGCGUGACGCAUACAUUGCUGAAGAAGAGGAGAGAACUGGACGACCCUCUGCGUGGAACUCUGUAUAUGAGCUCAUGCAAUGUAAUGUCCGGUCAUGCCAGCUGAACUCUGACUGGUGCUGGGAAGACCCAAAGAACAGCAAACACUACAAGCUCAGAGAGCCGCACAUUGAUCGGCUGAUUGAUAAUGUUGAGAAGGGAGGCAAACUUGAGAGUCACGGUGAUGUCCCCAGAGACAUCCGUCGAGACCUGAUUCUGGAGAGUCAGACAGGGAGAAAAUCUAAAAAGGAUAACUCGCUUGCUAGUGGAUCUUCAUACCACCCAGUCAGCAUUAAUGUGCUACCAGCCCAGGCAUCAACGGCCUCCAUGAUAUCACCAUCACCACCGAGAUCCUCAUCUCCCCGCGUGGAAAUCCAAGGAGACCAAGUAGCGGCAGUGAAAGAUUAUUGCAAAUGGCUGGAGUCACGGUACGGUGAUGAGGCAUACAAAGCUGAUUUUCGAAAAGCCCGUGACGUGGUGCUUAAGAGGCGGAUGGACCUUGAGCUUAUCCUCGAGAAUUCCAAUACAGGCUUCUUCACUGAUGAAGGCAUUGAAAUAGGGACUGCUCUUCGGUUUAUCCGAGAUAUUCAGAAGUGGAAAAAAAAUGUGAAAUCUAGAUCGCCGUCCCAGGGAAAGGUUGAGGGACAUUCUGACGAUGAUUAUCUACAGAACCAAAGCAUGUCUGAUGACUGA